AUGGGCUCCAUCCUCUCGGCCCUCCGCUCCGCGAGCAAGGGCGUCGCCGCCGUCGCGAAGCUCCUCAUGGACCUGAACAGGCAAUACCAGGCCCUCCUCGUCCGCGUCAACGCCCCGCCGGGGCUGCCCUACGACAAGCCGAGCGCGCCCUACUGGCUCGACGACCCGCCGUUCCCGGAGCUCGUGGACGCCCGGUCGGACGCGCUGCCGGGCGAGGCGGACGUUGUCGUCAUCGGCAGCGGCAUCACCGCCGUCGCGGUCGUCAGGAGUCUGUACGCCGCUGCUUCUGCUACGGGGCCGAAGCCGAGGGUCGUGGUGCUGGAGGCGCGGCAGCUCUGCUCCGGGGCCACGGGGCGGAAUGGAGGGCACGUCAAGGCUAGUCCGCACGAGCUGUUCCCGCGGCUUGCGAAGGUGUUUGGGAAGGAGAGGGGGGCGGAGCUGACGCGGUUUACGUUGAGGACCGCGGAGGCCGUUUUGGAGGUCGGGGAGGGGCGGGAGGGGGCGGAGUGUCGGAGGGUCGAGACUGUUGAUUUCUUCAUGGACGCGGACGGGUUCGAGGCCGCGAAGAAGGAGGUCGAGGAGCUGAAGAGAUGGGUCCCCGAGGUCGAGAUCCGGGUUGUCGGGAGGGAGGACGCGAGGGAGGAGUUCGAGGUCGAGGGGGACCACUGCUUCGGGGCGCUCGCGUACGCGGCGGGCGCGCUGUGGCCGUACCGGCUGGUCGCGAGUUGCUGGCGGGAGGUCCUGGACCAGGUCGGGGAGAAGAGGCUGAGCAUCGAGACCUCGACGGCCGUGGAGGAGGUUCUGCUGGAGGGCGGCAGGGAGGAGAGGAGGCCGUACGUGGUGCGGACGCGGAGGGGGGACGUCAGGGCGCGGCACGUCGUGCACGCGACCAACGCGCACGCGUCGCAGUUUCUGCCGGGGCUUAGGAGCAAGAUGACGGGGGCCAAGGCGCACAUGACGGCGCAGCGGCCCGGGGAGGGGUUCGCCGCGGGGCGGGGGGACGGGGCGCGGUCGUGGAGCUUCCUGUACGGGGGCGGGAUGUUCGACUACGUGACGCAGAGGCCGAACGGGGACGUGAUGCUGGGAGGAGGCUUCGCGAGGAGUCCCGGGCAGGGGGCCGACAUGGUCGGGGUGUAUGAGGACGGGAGCACCGAGGGGAUGACGAUUGCGCACGUGGCCGGGGUGAUGGGGAGUGUGUUUGGUGCGAGGUGGGGUGGGAGUUUGAUGAGGGCAUGGAGCGGUGUGAUCGCCUUCACGGGAGAUAUGGCGCCGUUUGUGGGUAGGGUUCCGGAGGGGAUUUCUAGGAGGAAGAGGGCGGCUGCGGGAGGGAAGAUGAAGACGAAGGAGAAGGCGAAGGAGGUUGAUGAUGAAGGGUGGAUGGGAGCUGAGGCUGGCGAGUGGGUUAGUGCCGGGUAUUGUGGUGAUGGUAUGGUUUGGGCUUGGGGUUGCGGGACGGCGGUUGGGGUCAUGAUAUCUGGGAAGGAAGGGGAUGUUCUUGAGAAAAGUGUCGGGUUUCCUGGGGGCCGGUUGCAGGAGUGGUUUCCGCAGGACCUGGUCAUCACGGAGGCCAGAGUCAAGAAGGCUGAUUUGAGUAACUUGCUGGAUGAGUUGAUGUAG